AUUGUGAUUUCACAUACGAAGCAGAAAGUAAUCCGUCAGAAAUAUCUUCGGAAAUCUAUGAAGAGAGACCUGUUGGUGAAAUAAUAUUUGCUCUGGAUUUUGUUGGUAUAGAUAUAGAAUUGGAGCUAGUUGAUACAACUGCAUAUCUAAAUGUUUUAGAUUACUUACAAAUAGAUGGACAGAAUAUAACCUGGAAAAAACAGUAUGAUUUAGAUAGAACCGUGAAUGUUGUUAUUGACAUUUUUGAUGUCAAUGACAAUGACCCUUACUUUAUUGGAGGACCAUAUGUAUUGAAUAUCUCUGAGCUGUGGCCACCAGGAAUUGUAAUAUUUGAUGGUGUUGAGGCUGAUGAUAAUGACAUUGAUACUUCAUCGACUGAACUUCUUUAUAGCUAUGAGGCAGAAGGUUUUGGUGAUUUCAUUUUCACAGCUAAAGAAGAAUUAAUGAUUGCUCCAGCUGGCCUAGAUUAUGAGACUCGGUCUUUCUAUAAUGUUACUUUAUUUGUUAAGGAUGAUCGUGAUGAUUCUGAAGCAAGAACCGGUAUUUCAUAUCUGUUUAUUAAUGUGCUUGAUGGUGAUGAUCAGAACCCAGUCUUUGGCAGCACACAUUACUCUGCCACAGUCAUUGAGGAAGUGUCUGGUGUCACUUUAGAUGUUAAUCCUCCUAUCUAUGCAUAUGAUCCUGACUUUGGACUCAACGAGACAAUAAUAUAUAGUUUUGCUAAUGAUGUGUUCACUGUUGAAACUGUCUCUGAUGGCCGAUUGACCCUUGGACAGGUCAAAGUGAAGGACAAUUCAGCCUUAGAUGCCGAUAAUGGCCAAACAUAUUACAAUCUUACUGUUUAUGCAGUAGAAACACAAACAACUGAAAAACGCAAGAGUUUUAAUUCAACAGUAUAUAUUCAGAUUGUUGAUGUGAACGACAACUCUCCAGUGUUUGAUCAUUCGGCUUAUGUUGGAACGAUUAUUGAAAAUGCAACGACAAGUGAAAUUGUUUCUCUAAAUGUACGAAUAUCUGCAUCAGACGCUGACAUUGGUGUUGAUAAUAGCGCUAUAAUCUACAGUAUACUGUCAGUUAGCAAUGACGGUGAUACCAUAUUUGGUAUUGAUGCCAGUACGGGCAUAAUCUAUGUCAAACAGCAAGGUCAACAGGUCAAACAGCAAGGUCAACAGGUCAAACAACAAGGUCAACAGGUCGAACAGCAAGGUCAACAGGUCGAACAGCAAAGUCAACAGGUCGAACAGCAAGGUCAACAGAUCGAACAGCAGGGUCAACAGAUCGAACAGCAGGGUCAACAGAUCGAACAGCAGGGUCAACAGGUCGAACAGAAAGGUCAAACAGCAGGGUCAACAUGUCGACCAGAAAGGUCAAUAGCUCAAACAGCGAGGUCAAUGACACAAAUGGCAAGGUCGGUGGGUCAAAAAUCUGGGUAA